UCAGUCGGGGGGACUGAGAGGGGAAUGACUCGUGAGUUUUGAUUGAGAAGGGUUGACUUCAGGCUGUGGUGGCUGUGUUGGCUGACAGAGCACACGUCAAAACAAACCACGGUCAUGUUGCAGCGGUGCGUUUUUAAGAGAUUGUUUCAGUUUCCUUCAGGGAAUCAAGAAACCACCAAAAGUUUGUUGCUCGGGUUUCCCAUCCGGCUGCUGAAUGGAAACAGAGCUGCAGCACACAGGAACAAAUCAAGUGUUCCAGAUGUUAAGGAGCAGACUCUUAUAGCCGUAAAGCCAGAUGGAGUUCAACGUCGUCUUGUCGGACAAAUCAUUCGGCGUUUUGAGCAGCGGGGCUUCAAGCUGGUUGGCCUGAAAAUGUUGCAGGUGUCUGAGGAUCUGCUGUCUCAGCACUACUGUGAACUGAGGAAGAAGCCCUUCUAUCCCAGCCUGCUCCAUUACAUGACCUCAGGUCCUGUGGUUGUCAUGGUGUGGGAAGGACACAAUGUGGUCCAGACAUCACGUGUGAUGGUGGGAAAUACUAACCCAGCUGAGGCUCAGGCAGGCACAGUCAGAGGAGAUUUCAGCUUUCAUGUCAGCAGGAAUGUGGUCCAUGCCAGCGAUUCACUGGAGGGUGCUCAGAGGGAAAUCCGGCUGUGGUUUCAGGGAAAAGAGCUCCUGAACUGGGAUUGCUGUGACCAGAGCAUCACCUGUGAGGUGUGAAGACGCUGAGAGUCCAACGCAGUGAGAAUCAGUAAUACUACCUCUUCUCCUGCUGCUGCUCAAAAGGUCUGUCUCCUGGCAGUUUGACCACAGUGACUGAAAAAGAUGAGUUUGAUGAUGAUUUACCUCAGUCAGUAUACGUACAAUGACUUUUUUUUGGUGAAACAAAUGUCACUGAGGUUUUAUUAUGACGUUAUAUUAGCAAAUAUAAGUUUAGCUGUGACAUCUUUCAUUGAACAGGUCUUUGGUCUCAGGAUGAAAUGUAUAUAGUCAUCAUUUGUCCUUCAGUCCCCUGAAGUGGAUACAAUACGUGUGAAACGUGGACCUGCACUGUGGAAAUAUGCAUGACAGAUGUAGGAAAUGUCCUUGGAUCAGUGGCUGAUUGCCAACUGAAAUAUUUCAAUAGCUUGUGACUCAAAGCAGAUGUAACAUUAGAAUGUAUUCCACAAUCACUUAAUAUGCCAAAGUCCUUUUGACACAUAGCUAAAAUCUGGUGUGCUUGUUUAUAUUAGACAUUCUGGCUUCUAUCCUAAAAUAAUAAUGCUCAGUAGUCUAAAUAGCCAGAGGUAUAGAUAGUCUAAACAGAUCUUAUAUUUAAUCAAAACCAAAUUCAAGUAGUACCAACAAAUCUUUAUUGCCCGUACUGUAAAAACUAUAAGACCUAUUUUAAUUACUCUGCUGUAUGAUGACUACACAGCUUCUACUAUACAUAUAAACUUUAUAUAUAACCUGAACUCAGCUGACCAACUGUGAUCCAGCAGGCUCAUGCAUAAAGUAUCUCAUCAUCAUCUCACAUUCAUAGAGAUUUAAAAAAUAUUUUAAUAUACAAUUUUCAAGUUUGCAAUCCUGUUUUUAUGCAGUAGUGUUGUUUUUGUGAAUAAUGAAAAGCAAUUUAAUAAAGAAACUAAGUUAAUCGCUCACUUGAACUACAUUCUCAAUGUAGUUUACUCUCAGAGUAAAUUUGCAUAAAUGAAAUUGCUAAGUAAUCCUCCUACCUCUGUUUGAAAACAACUGUGGAGCAGAAAUAUAAAAUAUGAGGUUGAAUGGUUUCGAGUCAGGUGCAAAACUUUAUCUUAUACAUGAAUUGUUGAGUCAAAAUCAAAUCAUCAGUAUUUACACUACAUAUGACCUAUUUGUAUCAUUUGAUGGUGCUUCCUGUGUAAAAAUGUAUUGAUGCAUCAUGUUUUUGUGCACUGCACAGGUUUUCAUGAUGAUGAUGACUUACCUCCACCUGCUACUGUUAGGCGCAGGGGAGUGAUUCAGAUUGUACGUACGUAAACAUCUUCAGAGCCACUUGUAAUGAAUGAAUGUAAAUGACUUUAAAUCAAACAUCCAUUUGCUUCUUUAUACAGAGGAAUCUGGAAUCUGAAAUUAAUUGUUGCAGCAAGUUUAAAAGCCAUGAAACAGAAAUAACAUAAUUCUUAUUUCCAUAUAUAUUGAAAGCAAUGUAUUCCUUCAGACAAUUGAUGUGUUUCCUUUUUUUACCAUUAUGUCAUAAUAUGCACUACAACUAAAAUCACAAUGAAAAAUCAGAAAACAUGUUAGUCACGAGAGAUCAAAGAAAGAGUCAGGGCUGAAAAUGUACAUUUAUGAUGUCAAUUUAAUGUAUUCUGUGUAUUUAGUCUGUAACAGCAUCUGACUGUAACAAGCAAUGUUAUUUUAAUACAGGUUGAUGCACAAGCAAUAAAAACUGUGAAUCAGGAGCU